AUGCGGAAACAGAUGUUCCACCCGGAAGCAAUAGGGGGAGGAGCCGUGGAGAUCAUCGCCUUCCUCAACGGGAUCAAAGUGCACCGGACGCUCUCCAUCAAGAAUUUAGUGGCCAAAUUUUCUGCAAACGUGUUGAGCGUGGGUAGCGGGCUGCCCACCGCGGUCCAAGGCCCCCUAAUUACUUACGGGUCGGUUGUUUUACAGAUCUAUUUCGCCAUCAUCGGAGCAGGGAUAGGCCAGUUCCAAUCGAAACCACGCAUGUUCACAACGGACGGUGUGGCUGCGGGCGUUUCGGCGGGGUUCCACUCCCCAAUAGGGGGCCUCCUAUUUGCCAUGGAGGACCUCUCUUCCUUUUGGAGCAAGCGCCUGAGUUGGCAGACGUUCUUUUGCAGUGUAGUGGCCACAAGUGUGGCCCAGAUGUUCAACACCGCGUUCAGUUACUUCAAAAUCACACGGCCCUUUGGAUAUUUUUUUAUGUCGGUAGGUAGGGCGUUUUGGUGGGGGUUUGGUGAGGAGGGGGUGAGUUUAGAGGCUUGCUUGCUCGUAAUUUGA